AUGAUAAGUGGACCAUACUCCCUAGCUACUGAUGGAAGCAAUGAUGCAGAUUCUCAGUUGUAUCCUAUUGUUGUUAGAUACUUUGACGAUAGUCUUGGCCAUGUUGUGACGGUUUUGUUAUCAGUACCAUCUUGCACUGAUGGGUGUACAGGUGAAAACAUUUUUCAUUUGGUUGACAAUGAACUUUCUAAAAGAAGUAUUCCGUGGGCAAACUGUGUAGCUUUUGGGUCAGAUAAUGCAAGUGUCAUGACCGGCAGACACAAAGGUGUUAUUGCUUUCAUUCGUGAAAAGCAACCACAUGUAUUUUUACAAGGAUGUCCCUGUCACCUGGUACAUUUGGCUGCUGAAAAGGCAUCUAAAGAAUUGCCUGUGUCUGUUGACGACUUUCUUAUUGAUAUAUUCUACUAUUUGGACAAGAGUGCCAAACGUUUGCAAGAUCUGAAAGAAUGUCAGUCCUUGUGUGACACUCCAGCCCACAAAAUCUUGAAGCAUGCUACUACUAGGUGGCUUUCCUUGGGAAAGUGUGUUGGACGUUUACUUGAGCAGUGGAGUGCACUUGAAAAAUUUGUGAAAAGGCAAUUUGAGAAACACCUGAAAAGGAGUUCUAAAAUGAGUGGCAGUGCCACACGCAGUAAUGUUCCAUGUUCUAGGAGUUCUGUUGCAAAGCAGAAGUGUGGAAUUAGUCAGUCUAAUGACAGUUCAAAAUGCAAGCAAAGCAGUGUGUCAUCUGGCAAAAACAAUAGUGUGUCAGUCCAGUCUAAAGAUAGUUCUAGUAGUGGCAAGCAAAGCAGUGUCUCAGUACAGUCUAAAGGUAGUUCUAGCAGUGCCAAGCAAAGCAGUGGGUCAGUACAGUCUGAAGAUAGUUCUAGUAGUGGCAAGCAAAGCAGUGUGUCAGUACAGUCUGAAGAUAGUUCUAGCAGUGCCAAGCAAAGCAGUCUCUCAGUACAGUCUAAAGGUAGUUCUAGCAGUGCCAAGCAAAGCAGUGUGUCAGUACAGUCUGAAGAUAGUUCUAGUAGUGGCAAGCAAAGCAGUGUGUCAGUACAGUCUGAAGAUAGUUCUAGUAGUGGCAAGCAAAGCAGUGGGUCGGUCCAGUCUAAAGGUAGUUCUAGUAGUGGCAAGCAAAGCAGUGUGUCAGUACAGUCUAAAGAUAGUUCUAGUAGUGGCAAGCAAAGCAGUGUGUCAGUACAGUCUGAAGAUAGUUCUAGUAGUGCCAAGCAAAGCAGUGUGUCAGUACAGUCUGAAGAUAGUUCUAGUAGUGGCAAGCAAAGCAGUGGGUCGGUCCAGUCUAAAGGUAGUUCUAGUAGUGGCAAGCAAAGCAGUGUGUCAGUACAGUCUAAAGAUAGUUCUAGCAGUGGCAAGCAAAGCAGUGGGUCGGUCCAGUCUAAAGGUAGUUCUAGUAGUGGCAAGCAAAGCAGUGUGUCAGUACAGUCUGAAGAUAGUUCUAGUAGUGGCAAGCAAAGCAGUGUGUCAGUACAGUCUAAAGAUAGUUCUAGCAGUGGCAAGCAAAGCAGUGGGUCGGUCCAGUCUAAAGGUAGUUCUAGUAGUGGCAAGCAAAGCAGUGUGUCAGUACAGUCUGAAGAUAGUUCUAGUAGUGGCAAGCAAAGCAGUGGGUCGGUCCAGUCUAAAGGUAGUUCUAGUAGUGCCAAGCAAAGCAGUGUGUCAGUACAGUCUGAAGAUAGUUCUAGUAGUGGCAAGCAAAGCAGUGGGUCGGUCCAGUCUAAAGGUAGUUCUAGUAGUGGCAAGCAAAGCAGUGUGUCAGUACAGUCUGAAGAUAGUUCUAGUAGUGGCAAGCAAAGCAGUGGGUUGGUCCAGUCUAAAGGUAGUUCUAGUAGUGCCAAGCAAAGCAGUGUGUCAGUACAGUCUGAAGAUAGUUCUAGUAGUGGCAAGCAAAGCAGUGUGUCAGUACAGUCUGAAGAUAGUUCUAGUAGUGGCAAGCAAAGCAGUGGGUCGGUCCAGUCUAAAGUGACCCUCUGA